AGAGAAUAUACAAGUAUAUACAUACUCUUAUAUAUAAGAACUAAACUUAUUAAGACUCUGCAUAAGUCCUUAGAAUAUAAACAUAUAGAGGUAGACGAAAUAGUUAGACGACUAGCUAAGGUGUUUAUAAUACCACGCUUACAAGCGAAGGUACAGAAAAUACUAAGUAACUAUUUAGUAUAUUACUAG